AUGCUCCACAAUCUAGCAACCUCCUCUGCCACCGCCAACUCACGGCUCCUCCUCAUCUCCUCUUCCCUCGCCAAACCCUUCUCUUCUCUCUCCAAGAAACUCCAAUUUUGUUCUUGCCGCUUCACUUCCCUUCAAAACUCGAGACCCAUCUCCUAUUAUCGGCCUCCGAUGAAUAUCCUCAACAAACUCGGUUUCGGCACCAAGUCUCCAGACCCUUCCACCAUGGACCCUACAAUCCCUCAGGGUCCAGACGACGACGUACCGGCUCCUGGCCAGCAGUUCGCCCAGUUUGGAGCUGGUUGCUUCUGGGGUGUGGAAUUGGCCUUCCAGAGAGUUUCUGGUGUCACAAAGACCGAGGUGGGUUACACUCAGGGGCUUUUGCAUAAUCCUACUUACGAGGAUGUUUGUACUGGAACUACCAAUCAUAGCGAGGUGGUAAGAGUGCAGUUUGAUCCUAAGGAGUGUAGCUAUGAGGCUCUUCUUGAUGUUUUCUGGGCCAGGCAUGAUCCUACUACUUUAAAUCGCCAGGGAAAUGAUGUGGGAACACAAUACAGAUCUGGAAUUUACUAUUACACUCCAGAGCAGGAGAAGGCAGCACGGGAGUCUCUGGAACGGCACCAAAAGCUUUUGAACAGGAAGAUAGUUACUGAGAUUUUACCUGCCAAGAAGUUCUAUAGAGCUGAAGAAUACCACCAGCAAUACCUUGCAAAAGGGGGCCGUUUUGGGUUUAAGCAAUCUGCUGAGAAAGGCUGCAAUGAUCCCAUUAGAUGCUAUGGCUAA